CAAUUUGGGAAACGCGGGUAACAGUGGAACCAGGGCCAGGGGAAGUGUAUAAUUGAGGCGACCGACCUUCAACGCGAUCGCCGCCAAUUCCUGUACCAUAUCUCUCUCUCUCAUAGAAGCGCUUCGUUCUGCGUAUAUCGCCAGUCACUCGUUACGUUCUGGUUUCCAUAUUACUACUACUGCUCUUUGUUUGUUGGCAGCGCUGUUGAGACUGUGUGAGACGUACAUAUUAUUUGUUUGAGGAGCUGGCGAGAUGAGCCAUGGGUCGAGAAUAUCCCCAAGGGACAGUACCGAUUCAUAAACACGGGUUGCCAGAUCAAAAUACAGACACCUCCCGCAGAGGCCUUCGAGAAGAUUCAAUUGCCCGCCCUGUCGAUGCUCAUUCAAGAUCACUAUCACCAAUGUCUGCCGCAGCCAUGAAUAGCGUGAAGCUAGUGACGAACAAAGACGACGAUGAUGUUGGCCAACCUCUAUACAAACCUUCGUCUAAGCCGUCGAUGGAUUCUAUGAAAAUCGAAAAGCAGAGAGGUGGAGGGAAUAACAAUGCCGGUGCCGGAGGAAAUGGAACCAACACCGAAAACCGACCCAAUGCCACACCCUCCACCCCGGUGGAUUCGCGAUUGGGGAUACCCCGGGUUUCGUCUGUGCGAAUGAUAUCCGCCGAAUUUGGCGGCACCAAGAACUACCCUCCCAACAUCCCCAUCGCCGAGGAUAACGGUGGCGGAAGCAACGGCUCGACGCCGAACGGGCAAUGGAGCUCUGCCGUGGGCCGUGCAAAUCUUGGAAAGAGUGGACGAGUGAUCGAGCGUCUGAUGGGAGAAAACGACAUGUUGAAACGGGACCUUCAGAUCGAGCGACUGCACCUUGAGGAGGCGCGCCAAGCCGUCAUAAUGACCGAGGAGCGGAUCAAUGUCAUAGAAACCGACUAUGAGGGCCGUCUCCACGACGCCGCCAUCAACAAGACUCUACUCAAAAAGCGUGAGAGACAGCUCGCGGAUAUCAAGGACCAUAUCGACGCCGAGAAACGCCGGGCCGACGACGCUGUUGACCGUGAGCGCACAUGGCGCGAGGCGAUGGAGAGGCUGGAGAUCGAGUCGAAGCAGAAAGUCGACGAGGCGGCCAACUAUGCGCUGCUAAUGGAAGGUCGAUAUAAGGCACUAACGAGCCACUGGAAAGAGCAAGGCGAGGUGGUCGACCGUACGGUGCGCAAGCUGGGCGGCGAGAUCACCGGGCUGGUGCAGGAGCGGUUACGCGAUGGUGAACGUCUGGAUGCGCUGCAACAGCUGUGCAAUGAGCAACGGGAGAACCUGGCGCGUUUGCAAGACGAGAAUAAAACGAUUGCCGAGACGUCGAAGGCGCACCGGGAUGAACAGGAUGCCUCGCUUGCUGGUAUCAGGACUAAGGCACUCGCGCAGGAGAAGGCUAAUGAAGAGACCCUCGCCGAGACGAAGGAGGCGCUCCAUAAGCUAAAGUGGGCGCUCGGUGUCAACAAGAACAGGGAUACAGAUUGAGCGGGGUGGGGGGAACUCUAAUGGAACCUUUUUUUAACGACGGGAGUUUUAUUUUUGCAAUGACGGCACAUACACCACACACACUUGGCGAAGGAUAAUGAAAUUCCAAAUGAAGGAGGACUUUUUAACGACUACUAUAGAACGGCAUACAGCAUAGUGUGGCGGAUUAGCUUGGCACUGGUAAUGGAGAAGGAGAUGACAGAUACGGGACCUACUACUUGGCAGAUAUGGGAACCUUUGGACGGCAGGCAGGCAUCGUUGGCGUUUAUAACAAGUUGGCAAGUAUGGAUAGGCUUUUGCCGUACUUUAUUCCAGUCCUAUUUGUAUACCCGUCUGUCUAAUGGCUUUAUUUUCUUGUAUAUGUCUUGUCUUGUUCUCAACUUGUGAUGAAGGUUUAAUUGGCUUCUUAAAUAAUCUAGCAGCUUAAUUUUGGGGGGUGGAGGGGUUCUAGCCUUACAGUACUGUAUAAAUCGAUUUUCUA